AUGGCCAACCAAAGCGCCCUGGAACAGUGGCUCACCUGGGCUUUCUCGCCAGCCAUCUCGGCGAUUGUGGUGACCUUGCUGGUGUCGCUAUCGCUGCCGAUUCUGAUUCAUUUGUAUUUGUACAAGAAAGCUGCGUCGAAGGAGGUGCCGAGUUUUGUACUGGUUGGGCCGAGUGGAGCAGGGAAGACGAGUUUUUUGACGUUGUUUGCGAACGGCACGAUAGCAGAGACGUACACCUCGCAAGAACCCCAAGCUGCGCUUUGCCAGCUCCCUUCCUCGACGCGAUCGAAAGAAGACCGCUACCGCUCCGAACACGAUACCUCCUCGCGCUCGCAACCGAAGUUCCACCUCGUGGAUAACCCAGGGCACGGAAAGCUACGACACCACGCGACGACAUCAAUCCUCAGCCGAACCUCCGUGCGCGGACUCAUUUUCGUCGUCGACAGCGCGGCCAUAAGCUCCGCAGCAGGACUCACAGAAGCAGCGGAGUAUCUACACGAUACCCUGCUCUGGUUACAGAAGAGACAUACACAAGGCAAGACGACCAAAGGACCGGCGAGUAUCCCCGUCCUCAUCGCGGCGAAUAAGCAGGAUGUUUUCACUUCGCUGCCUACGGGACUCGUGAAGACGAAGCUGGAAGAGGAGAUCCAUCGUGUGCGGGAGAGUAAGAGUAAGGGGUUCCUGGAUAGUGGAGUGGGGAUGGAGGAUGAUGCGGGUAAGGAUGAGGAAGGGGAUUGGUUGGGGGAGUAUGCGUCGAAGGAGUUCAAGUUCUCGCAGAUGGAGGAGCAUGGGGUGGAUGUGAGUGUUUUGGGCGGGAAUGUUCGAGGGGAUGGGGAGGAGGGCGGGAAGGUGGAGAAGUGGUGGGGGUGGAUUGGGGAGAAUUUGUGA